AUGUAUCACAAAGUCCUGUUGGCCAGAAAAUUAUGGGUUCGGGUGCUAAUGAUGCAUACGUCACAUUUUCGCCGCUGCCUUUCAUUCGGAAGCACUUCACUUUCCCGGGCAACGCGUCUCCCAGUUGGAUGCAUGGCGUCUACGCGCCAGAACCGAAGAGGUCGCUCCCGUGCCCUGCUUCGCACUGCAGGGCUGGCGGGGCUCGCGGCUGGAGCCUGCGUUGCCAGCCAGGCCUUCGUCCCUAGCAGACUCGGUCCCUGCACCGAGACUCGAAGACCGCAGGUCGCAAGAGCUGCAGCAGAGUUGCCACCGGGUUAUCUGGCUCCGCCUCCGAACGGCAUUCCCGGGCUGGAGCCUUCACAGCUGUCACUAGGCACCGCGUUUGCACUCUUUGUUGUUGCUGUCCCUGGCGUUCUUGGUACCAUUCAGAGGUCUGGCCAGGCAAAGUUUGUCGAGAAGACCUAUGUGAUGCCGGGCACUGGCGCCGGUGGGCUCGAGAUGCGUUCCAUUGCAGGUGGAAUUGUUGCGUACUUCACAGGACUCAACUACAUGAUGGAGGAGUCGCCGCAGCAGGGGCGAAUCCGCUUUGUAGGCCAGCUUCAAGGCAGCAUCAGCCAGGCUUUGUUCCUGACUUUCUGCCUUGGUGGUGCCAUCUUUGGUGUGGCACUGCUACUAGUGCAGAUCUUUCCAGACGGCCCCUUCGGAGUCGGGCCUGACUGGUGGUUCACUCCGAUGGUCAUCAGCCCCUCCGCGGGUCUUUACUACUGGCAGCGCGCCUUUCGGAAGGACAUUGUGGAGCUGCAGCUGGGUAUGACCGACGACUUCAUGCAGACCUCCCUAGUCAUCCUCGGCAGUCUGGAAACCAUCGAAGAGCUGCAGAACGGUGUCCGAUUUCAGUCUGACACCGGUAAGCUCUUCCGCCUGAUGGAGCAGGGCAUGGAGUACCAGCCGGGCAUCUUCGAAUCCGACGAGGACCGCAUGGUCGUCACCGGGGCCUCUGGUUCUUCGGGCUCCUCGAGUUUCCCGGAGCGUUUGCAAGGUGCCAGCAAGGCGAGUUUCGGGCUUUGGGAGUUGUUCGGCGGCCGUGAGACUUCGGAGGAGACUGGCUUCGGGUAUCGCGAGGACGGAGUUCAGCCCCUGGAGCACAGGGAGGGUUCAGGCGCAGCAAGGGGCCUAGGCUGCUCUGGCAAGAAGAAGUAUUUGAUGGCCCUUUCUGCUCCGUAUGAGAGUCCAAAGCAGCGGCACAUGCAUAAGAGCGUAUGGUUUCCUGUCGCAGUUCCCGCCAGCUCCGCCACAGCCUCCGAGACGGAGGGUGCCAGCGACGCGGAGAAAAUGCCAGAGCCUCCUCGAGAGCUGUCAGACGAGGCCUUGCGUCUCGUGCCUCUAGACGAGGAUGGCAAGAUGACUUCAAUCGGUUCCACACUGCAUGCGGAGGGCGAGUGCCGCCCCUGUGCCUUUCUUAGCUCCAUCCGUCGGCCAUGCCGCAAUGGAGCCGCAUGCCUGUUCUGCCACUUUUCGCACGAAGCACGCUACAAGCUGCGCCUGGGGCGGCGGAAGAGGAAAGAGAUGCGGACAGGCGCGACUGCAGCCUUGGAGGCAGCAGGCGCAGGAGGUAUCGCUCCGGCCCCGAGGUACAUCCCAAUAUCUUGGCAGAUCCCGGUGUCGUAG